CGCAUUGACCGCAGUGCUGAAUGUCAAUGCGGGAGAAUGAAUAACUCCAAAUGUGACAUUACUUACAAACCGAGGAGACAAGCACGCAUCAUACAGUGUAUAUACGUGGUCGGAUUCAUGGACCUGUUUGGGGUCAGUAUGAUCAUCCCUUUGUUAAGUCAUCAUGUCAAGUCUCUGGGAGCCAGCCCAACAGUGGCCGGGAUUGUAGGAUCCACUUAUGGAGUACUACAACUCUUCUCCAGCACUGUGGUUGGAGGUUGGAGUGAUGUGGUAGGGAGGCGUUAUUCACUGCUGACGUGCCUUUUGCUCAGUGCCUUUGGAUACGGCCUGCUUGGUCUGUCCAGUAGUAUAGCGCUCUUUGUGCUGGCAAGGAUACCAGUGGGGCUCUUUAAACACUCUCUGUCUAUCUGCCGGGCGCUCUUGUCAGAUCUUGUGUCAGAGAAAGAGCGCCCUCUAGUAAUGGGCCACUUUAAUGCAGCUUCAAGUGUGGGAUUCAUCCUGGGACCAGUGGUUGGUGGUUACCUCACCGAACAUGAAGGAGGUUUUUAUUUAUCCUCAUUCGUCUGUGCAGCCAUUUUCCUUCUAAAUGCAGGCUUGGUCUGGAUGUUACCAUGGAAUGAGACGCUAAAUCACCAUACGGAUACUAAUGCUAAUAGUAAUUCCAAAACUAGCAAAUCCUCCAAUGGGUUCAAAAACUGCUUGGAUAAAAAACACAUUGAGCAUCAUAAUGCGUCCCCAGUCUGUAGUCAAGCUGAUCGGGACUGGAAAUGGCGGGACACAUCUCCCUUCCAGCAAGUCUGGAGACAGCUGACCUCAGUGUGGAUGCGGAUCUGCACGCUGGGUUCUUCCGACCUGUGGGAUGUGUUCCUGGUCCGUCUUCUAAUGGGAUUAUCCAUCAUGCUAUACUACAGUAACUUCUCCUUAGCCAUGGAGGAACGCUUUCAGCUCAAGCCAAAGGUGACGGGCUAUCUGAUCAGCUACAGCAGUACACUGGGUGCCCUUUCAGGCUUUUUAGUGGGUCCGGUCACUCACCUUUAUGGCAACAACAUGCCCGCUUUAUUGCUGCACUCAACCAUGCUCACCUCCACAUUGAUCUUCCUGUAUGCCACAGCGCCCAACGUCUGGCAAGUCUUGCUCACCUCCACGUUUUUUGCCAUCUCUACCUCUAUCGGACGCACGUGUAUCACUGACCUGGAGCUGCAGCAUGGGGGGGUACAGGCUAGCGGGACAUUAAUCGGAGCGGGGCAGUCGGUCACAGCUGUGGGAAGGGUUCUAGCACCACUGCUGUCCGGUCUGGCUCAAGAAUUCAGCCCCUGUGGGCCUCCUAGUGUAGGGGUUGUGCUGGCACUGGUAGCUGUGGGUUUGCUGCUUGUAAGGACUCCUGAAUGGAACAGUAAGACAAAGGUUAAAGAGAAGAGUCACAAACAAUGAGAGACAGAAGAAAACAAAGUGAAAAACGUGCAACGUGAAGAAAAGAUGAAGGACUGUGAUGGCAGCUGUCUUUUUUCCUCUCAGGUCAUGUGAUCUGUGUGUUGAACUUUUGGGUUUGCCUGUGGUUUGGGUCCUUAUAUAAGCAUUGGAAUGUCAUUGAGUCAUUGUAUGUGGGAUCCCAUCACGGUUUUUAUUAAAUAGUCGAUAAGGCUGAGCUGUCUUGCUGUGUGCGCUGUGACCAGUAAGUGCAAGGUUGAUAGAGUCGAAUACCAAAAAUACAGCAAACAAGUCCUGAACUUAAAAUGGAACCAAAAAUCAUAUGUCUUGUAAUCAGUCAUGAAAAAGGAAGCUGGUCUAUAAUUGGUGACAUUUAUUUAUUUUUAAAGCAAGUUAUAUCACUAAAUAACACUACUUUAUAUCUGAAGGCUUUGUCUGCUUAGUUGGCCAUGGAAGCACAGUAUCCAUUCAAACCUCCUUAUAGCUCUUAAGAAAUCAGUUUUAACUGAUUUAAGAACCAUCAUUGCAAUGGACUUUUACCUCACUGUGGCAUUGAGACGCAUUUAACCACUACUAAUUAUUCUUGCACUUCAGAACAUUUCCAUUGGUGUUUUUAAAUAAAAGUUCUCUAUAGUUUCUCUAUAUAGUCCUAUAGUCAAGCAAGUUUUUGAUAAAACUGGACAAGAAACUUUGGAGAAGAUAACUUGCAGUAUGUUGCCUUGUUUUUUUAUACUGUUUUUCUGAAUUCAUGUUGUGUAUUUGCAAUUGUUACUUAAGGACGCUUUUGUUUACAGUAUGUCAGGACACAGAAUACCUGUGAACACUUAAGUCUAAUUACACAAAUGUUGUGUGUAAGAACACCAUUUUAUUUUCAUUUUAUUUUAUUUUCAUUUUAUUUUUUUUAUUUUAAGUUAAAAUAAACGUCUGAGCAUAUACAAAA